AAUAAGGGGCAACUAAUUCUGGAUAAUACUCCUGAGUUCUUAGAGUUUUGUAAAAAAAGUAAUGGUUUAGUCUUUUUUGGACCUAUUGGAAGUGGAAAAACGGCUAUUUUGGCCAUGUUAGCUAAUGAAUUGCCUGGGGAGAAUAAGUAUGCCACCUUCCCUUGUCAGUUGCCAUGGGCAGAGAAAGGGCAGUUGGACUUUUCUUAUGCUCCUAGUGGGAGAUUAGGAGUUACUGAGACUAUUUUUUUGGAUGAGAUUAAUUUGUUGUUUAAAGGGAAUAUUGUGCAAGAUGUCCGAGAACGACAAAGAUUUUUAAUGCACUUCAUCGCUUUAAGUAGACAUCAAGGCACCCGUUUAUUUGUAAAUGCCCAACGCCUAGGGCAAGUAUCAAUUGAGCAACGAGAAGUUACUACCGGGAUUUGUCAAGUAUCUCUUUUACAGAAGACUGAUGAAGGGAUUUAUAUCCAAUGUACUAUUUGA